CAGUCGCCUCCCACAGGGGAGAAGGCACCUGUCCUCCCCUGUGACGAAGAAUCAUCGUUUGCCUCUAUUUUUGAUGUAUUCUUCCUUGAUCAACAGACAGUUAGUAACCAGGAAAUUCACCAUAAAGAUUCUUUAAAGGACACAUGUUCUGAAGAUGAUGAGUCAAGUUUAGACAGUAGUUCGAGAAAAGCAAUUCAACAUGAUGAGAAAAAUGUGAAGCAAAAAGAAGUAACUACAAAUGUGCAAGAUAAAAAACAUAAUAAAACGAUAUUAGAGAGUACACCUGUUCGUCACAAUUUUCGCUUAAAUCAUAUUGGUCAAGUUGCAAAGAAACAUAUUUCUUUACCUAAGAACUUAAAAAACCCAUUUAGUAAAAGUCAAAAAAACAUCGUCCACAGAACUUUGAAAAAUUCAUUUGGUCAAAGUCAUAAGAAAACUAGCAUUCAGGUAUCCCAUACAACUUUGGUUGACAUACAGGUUGAAGACUGCCAGCAACAAACAAUUGCAGAAAAAUCAAUUUCGUCAUUUUCGAAUACCUCUAGUGAUAAUACUAAAGAUAUUUCGGAUUGCAAAAGCAUACAAACUCAGCAUAUGGCAGAGAAGAAGUCUCCUUUAAAUCAAUUUAAAUACAAUAGCAUAGAAUCUACAUCGGAAUCGCAGUGUAGUAAAAACAAUAAACAAUAUUGUACUAAAUCUUCAACUAAAGAAAUAAUUGCAAAGGGUAAAAAACUCGAAGAACACGAAACACAAGCUACUAACGAGAAAUCCACGGAGUCUGUGAAAAAAUUUCUAUGGGGUAGUAAGAGUAACAAAUUUACAAGUAAAAGUUUUGAAAAAUCAAGUAAAGAUCAAGGGAGGAACGAUUCUAUUGAAAAGAAAAUGAAGAAUAAAAAAUUGAUUUGCUGUCCUUUAAAAAAAUUUGGCCGGUCAUCUUUGACGAUUGAACCGGAUAAAAUUAUGAUAAAUUUGCCAAAGUGUUCUCCCUGCGCUUGUAGAUUGGCUGCAAGCUCAAAAAUUUUGUCGUACGAUACUAGUAUAUUAUCUCGACUUACCAUGAAUCGAGAGAGUCCCAUCCACGUUGUACGUUCGAGAACUCCGUCGCAUGCAGACGUACGCGCAGAGAUUCAUUUGAAGUCUUCGGAAAGGACGUUAAUGCAAGCUAAUUUAUUCCCAAAUACACAACAGUUUCAAAAGACACGAUAUACGCCGCGAAGUAAAAGCGUUGGUGAACUGUGUAAUAUGAUGAAUAAGUGAAGUUACUCUGAAGUUACUCUGAAGUUAUUCGCUAAUCGGAAUGGAAGUACUGUUAUUCGAAGAAGUUAGAUAAAAAAUCAUCAUCGGUUGAAGGCUGAGGAAGUUACUAUACUUGAAGCAAGUUACCGAAUACUCUGAUACGGUUAAAAAAGCGACGAAGAGACCAAGUGUUAAUAACUAAAUAACACAAAUUCCAUAUGUCUCGCAAGUUGCAGUUCCACUGUUCUUCCACACAAAUGUCUUCAAAGAAAUCACAGAUUUAUACGCACGACACACGUUCGAGUUGUAACAGUGCUAGUGAGAUUGUGCACAUAAACACACGUAUAACACAUUUAUAAAAUUUACUAUAUUUCUAGGAACUAUGAAAUAAUAUAUCUGUGCAUAGUAAAUAUUCUUACUAUACAUGCACACACACUGGUGCAUGCAUGUGUAUGUUGUAAGCCGUUUCUGCAGUUUAAAACUGUGUAACGUUGUUACGACAAAUAUGUCGAGUAUUAUUAUUUUUAUUAUUAUCCUCCUUAAAAUUAGGGAGGUGAAAGGUUUUCAUACACUGAAAUAUUUUCCACCACCGUAAAUGUCCGCAAAUCGACUGCAGCGAGUGUGUGGCACGAAAAUUCCUCGCUGAACCUAUACAAUUUAAAUUUCGAUAUAAUUUUAUAUGAUUAUUUGUUAUUAAAAAAAGUGCAGCAGUUUCGUAAGAGCCCCAAUUGUUGUUUGUCUUAUUAUGACAUUAUGCAUUUAAAUUUGUUUUUUAUAUAAAAAAAAAAUAUAUAUAUAUAGUAGCUACUAGUAGAUUUAUUAAUGAAUGUGAGAUGUAUGAAUUGCAUUGUGUGUUUUCUAUGGCUCAUCUUUAGAAAUUAGGUUCAGCGGUGAAGCAAAUGUUAUGUGAAAUCGCAUGUUUUUAUAAAUGAAUCGCUGUCACUGUGACCAGUGUAUAUGAUAGCUGUACGAAUAACAAAAACAUUUGUUUUUAUAUUAACCCACAGCAAAGGCCUGUGCAGUGAACAAUGGAAAUCUUCCAAGGUAGCAAAGAAUUUAGGAUAGAGAUAAAAGUUAAUGGAUAGCAUUAAGGAAAUGUGUAAGCUUGAAACGUCCUAGAAGACGCUACGUUUUACUGAGAGUGAAUAAAAUGAGGAUCUUGUAAACAACAAUAAGAAUGCAAAUAGAUAGGGACAAUAUUACUGCCAAACUUGAUUAUGAAUUAGUUUAUUUCUAAUGGGGUGAAUCGUUUGGAGGACCUUGUCUAUAGUAUAUGUGUAAUGUAUGCAACAACAUGAAACGACCGUGCGGAGCCAAUGGAAUGAAUCGGCGCUAGUUCAUGUAUGUAUUCCUGUAGAAAUUUUGUUUGAUUUUGCAGUAAAUAUUGCGAACGUUUCUAUCCCGUCCUUAUUGUCUUUUAAAUACACUGCUAUAUAUAAUUGUGGCUGUCGUAUGAAUGAACGGAAAGUGAAUAUAGAGUUAACGAAAUAUUUAAUAAUAAAAUAUAAUCUCAUUAAAAUCUUUUUUUUUCUUUUUUUUUUUUUUAAAGAUAAAUAAAUAACAAUUUCUAUGAAUUCGUCAGUGAGAUUAGUAUUUGUGAUUAAUCUUAUCUUGUAUUUUUAUACUGCCUCCCAUGUGUAUUAUCCCUUUCGUUGUUUCGUGCAAUCAUGUUUUGACAUUUUAUUUUAGAACGUAUUAUGUAUAUAAGUACCAAAUAUCUUUUGUAUUCACUUUCCCUUAGUGUUAAUUAUUUAGAAUUAUUCUAUGGUAUAGAAUAUGGUACGAAUAAGAAACGAGUCCGAAACUUCUUUUCCAUUGGCCUUCGCGUAGCCGCUGUUAAUCGAUCGUUAAUCGAUCUCAAUACUAAUAUCUAUUUCGUAUCUUAUGGACAAAAAAAAAAAAUUUAUACUGUUGUUUGACAAAUGUCCAGUUUUAUAGACGAUGGAUAACAUCGGAGGGAUGUUUUCACCAAUUUACUAAAGAAGGCAAGGCGGUAAAAUGAAAGCUUACUGCUCGACGAAAGUUCAGCGAUUCCUCGUACGUAAAACUGGGUAAAAAUAUCUUUUGUACAGUAUACUUGGAUGCGUAUCUGUCCCCUUCUUUCUUCUACUUUCUUUCUCAUUUUGUGACGUAUUUUCUCUCUCUCCUUCUCUUUUUCUCUCUCCCUGUUUCUCUCGCUCAUUUAUUAAACUGUUUUUUACUGUCCUACACUGUCUCAUGCGCGUAACGCAAUCGACCGGUUCUGAAGAGCACUUUCGUCUUUCAUGAUUGGAUCGCGCCCAUUGAAAUGGUACCCGGCGAUCUUCCCGGUACCGCAAAUCAUGGUGCGCUGGUAUUCAUAACUGUACAUAAUAGCGUGUAAGUGAAGUAUUAGAAGUAAUGUACUCAGUGUUCUGUUCGGUCGUAUCUAAUGUACUUACGGGAGAAGAUGGGUCAAAGAGAUGGGAGAGAGGAGAUAUCAGUGUCAUUGAUCACGAAUCACGACAUCCUUAAUCCGAUCAUUAGUGUCACGCGUAGGGUUGCCAACUGCAUUAAGCAUGAAAAAGGGACGUAAUCAAUCUCGAUUUUUAUUAUACAUACCGUACUUCUCCAACGCGUAUUUCUAUAAAUGUGGUGUUUCCAAUCUUCCCAGCUAAACUCUAGGAGCACAAUUUACAGGUGAAAAUACGAAUAUCUUUUUAGACAGAAAUUGGAAAACAAUAUUUUAAAAAAACUAUCUGCUAUCGGCGAAGAAAAUAUCUUGUUUCUAUUACACGAGAACUUUUACUUUUAUUUCUUAUAAAUUUUAUUAAAACCAGAAAGUUUCAUUUCAACUGUUUCAGGAAAAAUCUGUUGAAAAAGUUUCAUAAUUGUUUCUGCCUUUAGGAUAAAUGUGGUAGGAUCCUUAUCGAUAACAUCAAUUGUUUUGAAAAAUAGUUUAGUACAACAAAAAUAGAAGUUUAAAUAAAGUUCGAAAAAAGUAGCAGUCACGAAAGUAGUGCACCUUUGAGUGGUACAUAUUAUACAUAAUCAGCAUUUUUUAUUAUAUUUUGCAAUUUGACAAAGUGUAAAGCACCUGUUUGGUAUAUUCAAUAUUUUUGUUGUAUUGACUUGCUAUGUUAUUUUUCAAAAAAGUUUGUAUCGAUCGGAAGCUUUAUCAAUAAGGGUUCCACAACAGUUUGUUUUAAUAAUACAUAUCAACCAUUGACGUGAAUGAAGUCAGGAGUUGAAGGUUCGAACAUUUCGGUAUCGUAUGUAUAGUUGAGUCACGACAAAAUCGGUUAUGCUAAGAAAUUGUUGUCUUUUAUUUCUUAAACAUAAUACAGGGGGAAAAUGAUAGAUACUUAUAUAUACAUUAUACGUGGUUUAUGGUAAUAUACCAUAUACAUAUAUGAACUAUGAUAUAUUGUUAUAAACAUAUAUGUAUAUGUAGAUUAGGUAGACUAAUGGCUCAAUAUUCUGUAUAUUAUCAUUUUCUACUUCUAUUGUUAUUUCUAAGAUAUAGAAGAUACCAAAUUCUUAUUUUAUAUGAUUUUCUGAAUCAAAAAUUUGACAAGGACAGAAAUAAUUAAAAGAAACGAUUAUUUCCUCAAUAGAACGACUGGCAACUUUACGCACUCAUCACGAAAUGACUAAUGCGAAACAAAUUAGUUGGGUAGCUCUUUGAUAAGUAAGAAUUACGUAGAUCAUUACAAUAAUUAUAGAAAAAAAGGAAGAAAGAGAAGAAAGACGACUGUAUCGAUCAUCCUGGAGUAAACACCGAAAAUAAUUGAUUAUUUAGCGCGUAAAUGACGUUAUUUCUUAUUUAAAAAAAACCAUUGUAGUAACGCGUAGUCCGAAAUCAUCGCUGGCCAUUCGAUAUAGGGUUAUUUUAGAGUUUUUAUACUCCAAUUGCACUUGACUUGAGCGUACUACAUUGCGAGGUACUUUAUUGAUCUUGCGACGUUGAAACAAUGUGUAAUUAUUAUGUAUAUUACAGGUUUGAGCUCAUUAUUAUCCAAUUUAGCUUAUUUUUAUCACCAGACCUUACAUUAUCGCGUGUCAUUUGUCGAAUAAAUCAGCUCGUGCAGGUAAUGUCGAUUCCUAUUGUCGUACGCGUUCGUAAUUGUAGAAAUUGUAUUUAAAUACGAUUGUAUUAUAAUACAAUCGCUCAUUGUCAUUUUUUUCUAAAAAUCAAAAUUCACUAUAUGCUCAUCUUAUGGUCUUGUUUUUUAAAUACCCCUUUUUUAUUUGUUUUUUUUUUCUUUUUUUUUUAGUACUCUACAUUGCAAAUUGGUAUCUGUAAUUAAUGCUAUCGAAAUAACAAUGUUAAUAAAAUUGCUAUAGAAAUGACAGCAAA